GGACCAGACUCGGUGCUUGCAUUACGUUCGUUCCCAUCACCAGUAACCGGCUGUCCAGUGGCGAACUUCCUCUGCUGCUCGUAGCGUUUCUACUGUAAUCACCUACAGCGUAAGGGCCGGCGAGACAGCGCAGAGAUGGCUGUGGCGGAGGCGGCGUCGUGGCUGCAGAGGACCUCUACCCUGCUCGCCCCUGGGCCCUGGCAGUGGGCGUGGCUUUCUCCGUGGGCGUGGCUCUUCUCGUCAGAGGUCGCCAGCGCAUACGCCGCCUACAACGCCUCUGCCGUCAGCAACUCCACAGACCUCGAGCUGCGCGCCGAGGCGCCGCCCAGCCCGUCGGCGCUGGCGCUGUACGAGCACCUGUCGCUGCCGGUGCCACUACCCUCCGCCGCGCACCUGGGGCUCGCCACCGGCCUGUUGCUGGCAUUAUUCUUCAACGCGCGCCGAGAAGCCUUCAAGGAGCGGAAGCGCGCGGAGGCGUGGGCGGUGCGCGUGGCGUGCAGCGCGGCGUGGGUGGCGGGGGCGGCGGCGGCGCUGCCGGGGGCGGCGGCGCUGGUGGCGGCGUGCGCGCUCUACCGCCGCCUGGCGGCCGCCGUGCUCGCCUGCACCACCGGCCGAGACUUCGCGGGGCUGCUCGCCGGGCCCGACGCCGUCUGGGCCGUGGAGGACGACGCCGCGCGCUCCGUCAUCAACGUGCUCGCCACGCUGCAGGUGGAGGACGACGGCGUGGACGGGGCGCAGCUGCUGCGCCAGCUGCGGUCGCUGCUGCUGGAGCGGCUGCAGAGCGGCGCGCUGCCCGAGAAACUGCUGCUGCUUCGCCGCCACUCGCCGCUGGGCUACUUCUACUGGCAGCGACGGCCACAGCCCCUGCGCCUCGACGCCGUCGUCCGCGAGCACGUCCGCUUCCUCGGCGACGAAGACGACCUCGACGAGGACGCCGCCAGGUUUGGCGGCAGGCGGCAGCACGGGGCAGGCGCCGCCCAGUGGUGCUGGCUGGGCGCGCUGCGGCGCCGCCUGUGCGAGCUGGCGAACGCGCCGCUGCCGCAGGGCCACGCCGCCGGCUGGGAGGUGCUGGUCAGCGCCGCGCCCCUGGCCGCCGGGCCCGCCGACGCCGGCCAGGACCCCCUCACCGCCAUGGAGGAAGGUCUGCCGGAUGGCGUAGUCGGGGGCGGGUUCCGGGUGUUCCCGGUGCUUCUGAGGGUGCACCACUCGCUGGGAGACGGCGUGGCCCUCCUGCACCUGCUUACGCACGCGCUCUCUGGCUCCCCGCAGGUCCGGCCAAUCACAGUGUUGGUAGAUGGCGCCCUUAUACGGUUGCUCACUCUGGUGGCAAGGGCAGCGCCGCCAGGAUACGUUUCGUGCUCCCCGCAGUCGUCUCCGCCGUCGACGCCGCCCCCGCCGGCCUCGGAAGCGAGGUUCUUCCAGCGGGCGUCCUGUACACCCGGCGAUGGCCGCGCCACGCCCAUCAUCUGCCAGGUGCCGACGCUGCGCGCUAUGCCGGCCACGACGAACGCGUGGCCGCCGCAGCCGCCGGCGUCGCUCAGCACCGAGACGGAGCACGCGCCGCCACCCGCCGCUCUCCGGCCGCGCUCUCCAGCUCCAGCGCCGGGUCCGGCUCCAGGCGACAGGGAGAGGGACUUGGCCGUGUGGGUGGAGGCGGCCCGGCGCUCCUCCCCCGCGGCGUGGGCGCCUCCGCGUCCGGCCACGCCCGGUCUCCGCGACAGCUCGGCGCCGAGCUCUCGGCCGGCGACGCCUUUCCACUCUGCGCCGAGCUCUCGGCCGGCGACGCCCUUCCACUCUGCGCCGAGCUCGCGGCCCGCGACGCCCUUCCAGUGCUUCAUCGACGCCGCGGGCGACGCCGUGUCGUUCACGGCCGCCGUCAACAGCAGGUCGCCGACGCAGGUGGGGGCCGGGCAGUACCCCGCGGGGGGCGGCAGCCGCCCCACGUCCCCCCUGGCGCCCCCGGACUCCCCCGUGAAGCGGCCGGCGUCUCCCGUGCCGCCGUACAUCCCGGGCGUGCCCGCUUCGCCCGUCCGCCGCCCCCUGCGGAGGGUCCUCAACGGCCAGACUCCUCACCGGCCGUACAGCCCCAGUGCUCCGGCACUCACCAGACUGCACUGCUACAGCGGCGGCGCCGCCGCCUUCGCGGACGACCUCUGCGACAGCAGCUGCGGGCUCGACAGUCGCGGCGGUACCACCAUAUACUACUACAGCGCGACCGACGGCAGCUGCAGAAAGCUGACGAGGAACUUCUCCCACGAUGACGAGCGCUCCAUUGCUGCCGAGACGCCCGAGAGAACCCAGUCCAAAAACUUGGCGCGUUCCGUUUCCUUCGGCCCUGUCGAGGUUUUGGACGGCUCUGACAAGGAGACUCUCCCAGAGACGUCAAUCACCGAGCGGGAAAUGAACCGGGACAACGACGAUGCCGAGACGGCUGCAGUACUUGAAGCUCCCAACAGUCCAGUCAAGAAAGUUAAUUCCGAAGACAGUCCGGAGGCAAAAAAGGAGAUAGCCUUUGAUGACGCACCGCAGAAACCGUCGUUGCUCGUGCCGGCCGUAAAAGUGGAGGAAGUGUCUCUCCAACCUGGUAAUGAAGCUGAAGCAGCCCAAGGGACCACAAUACAGGCUCAGCAGAUGGAGCCGCAUAACAAGGAUCUGCCUACUGGAAGAGGGCAGAAGAGCUCUGAAUGCAAGGCUAGGCAACUUCCGAAGUUCAAGCUCGUUCCUGAAGGUGGUCAGCUCCUGCGCGUAGACGCGCAGCUGAUGACCGCAAAUGGUGUUUCGGGCAGCCCGUACGCGCCGCUGCUGCAGGCGAUCAGCGAGUCCGGUCGCAGCCGGCCCGCCGGCGCGCUGGAGCCUGCCCGCGGCGCAUUCGCACUGCUGCUGACGCCGGCGGCGCUACUGCAGCAGGCGCUGCUGCACGCCGACCACCAGCUGCCCUGCCCCGCCGGACAGCUCUCCGGGGACAAGGUGGUGACGUGGCUGUCGGAGCCGCGGCUGCUGGAGGCGGUGCGGCGCGUGCGGCGGCGCGAGUGCGCGCGCUUCACGGACGUGCUGCUGGCGGCGCUGGCGGCGGCGCUCGACCGCCGGCUGGGCCCGCGCGCGCCGCACAGCGCCACCGUCGUGCUGCCCGGCCGCAUCGCCGGCCCGGAGGCCCGGCCGCGCCCGGCUGCGGCCGACGUCUCCAGCUUCCUGGACAGCCCGGGCCCGCGGCCGCCGCUGGAGAACCGCUUCUCCGUGGGCCUGCUGCCGCUGCCGCUGGCCGGCGCCUCGCGCCUUCCGCCCAACCGCCGCCUCCGAGAGGUCGCGCGGCGCUCGCGUCUCCUUCGCGCGUCGCCGGACUACCAGGUGAACUGGUGGCUGAUGCGAGUCGCGGCUAGUGUGCUGCCGACAGGGCUGCUGGGGCCCGCGCUGAGAAGCACGCGCUCCAGCCUCGUGGUGAGCAACUUACAAGGGCCGGACCACCGCGUGCGCAUCGCUGGGCACGAGGUGCGAGACCUCGUCUUCUGGGUGCCCAACAGGGGCUCCAACGGAAUGGGUGUGAGUAUUCUGAGCUAUGCUGGUGGGCUGCAGCUGGGACUACAGCUGGACAAGGCCGUGGCACUGGGACCAGAUGAUGAGGCACGGCUGCUAACAGUUGUCGCUGCAGAGAUACACCGUAUGGAUGCUGCCAGUCGUGCUGACCACUGAGAUGGAGUAUCCAGCAUCUAGGUCUGCACUUCCCAGGGCAUUUCCAUUUCUUUCUCUCUACGCAGCCAAGCCAUCCAGAGCAUACCUGCAGUUACCACAGUAGCCUCACAGUAACAUUAAAGAAUAAAAUAUUUUUUAAAAGUAGUCAAGGAAUGUGACUUCUGCCAUAAGAAUGAGAACCCAUGUGCAACUUGACCAAUGGCAUCAUCAUAAAAGUAACUUCUUUAUGUGUCCCUAACACUUAACUUCAUUCCAGUUCCAAGAUCUCCAUCUACAACUGUACUGUACAGACCUUUGUUAAGUGCAAUUGUACCAAUAUUUAGAUUUCUUCCUGUUUCAUUCAUGGAUGGAACAUAGGAAGACUGUUUAUAUAAUUCUGUGUAAUAUGUUGUAGUUUUUAUGUUUAUCUUCACUGGCCCUAUGACACACAUAGAUAUAUGAAGAAUAUUCAUAGCUUUCAAUUUAAAAACUAGUUUUUUGGAAUUUGGUAAGUAGGCUUUUGCAUGGUUCCAGGUACCUAAAAGCUGAGAUUCUGGAACAUGUGUGAAACUAACUCAUGAGCAUUUGUGCUGCAUUUCUCUGUUUCUGAUUAAUGAGCCUGUUAAUAUAACCUGACAACUGUCAGUCAUGUAA